AUGCCUGCUCCAAUGGCCAUCACGACAUCACCCAUAAAGCAACAUCAACAACCUCAACAGCCACAACCUCCUCAAACACCAACAAAAGCUACUACUACAUCAACAACUUCGACUACCAAUCCCACAACUGACAAACUAUCAGAGCUGUAUAGGAUGUCAGAGGAUCAGUCUUGGAGCAUAAGAAAACAGGGUAUAACCGAGGUCUUUAUACCCUUGAUAUCAAAUGAGAAGAUGGCCAGCUCACUUAGCCAUCAAGACUAUCAAAGGAUCUCUUCCACACUGGCCAAACUACUUGGUGACAGCAACAUCUUUGUAAUCCUGACCUGUAUCAAUGCCAUUGAACUAUUGGCCAAACGGUUGUCCAAGGAUACCUUUAACAACUAUAUCACUCCACUCUUUCCCACGAUGCUUGAUAGCUUCAAGGAGAAACGGCCACAACUCAGCGACUCUAUCCACGCAUGUCUGAACACAAUCAUGGAGAAGCAGUUGAGCAUCAAAGAUGUGUUGGACCCCAUACUCAAUGUGUUGGGAAACAACACACAUAAACAGGCAUCAAAGUUGAAGUUGGAAACAAUGAUUUGGUUAAAGAGAAUGAUACUCAGUCCAACAUCUCAAGGGUACCGCGACAAACUACCAGAGAUCAUCAAAGCAUUAGUAUUGGUCUUGGAUGACCCAUUGAAAGAGACUAGGGACAUUGCCCUUGUAAAUUUAUGUACACUAAUGGUGAUCUAUGGCGAGAAGGAUGUACUCCCAUUGCUGGAACCAAUCUUGGACGGUACCAAGAUAGCUUCAAUACGCGAGGGUACAAAGGAUGUGGUCAUCCCCCUGACACAUUGGUCGCGCCCAAAGAAGGGUGCCACAUUGUCACGAGGCAGCAUGGCCUCUGUAAGCCCGCGAGCCUCACUCAACAUAUCGGCGUCCAGGCAACAGAAUACCCCAACAACAGCCACUGAUGGACAUGAUCAAUCAAGGCGUAUGCUCAAAGAUAUGCAAUCAGAGAUGGACGAGUAUUCUCAACGAAUGAGCGAGAAAAUGCGCCAGCUAAUGAGGACAAUGGAGGAUGAAUAUGCCUCGCUGCAGGACAGGAUCAUGCAAGGCACGCAGGGCGAUGCCAACGUGCCACACACAUCACACGCAGAGUCAGACUCUAGCUUCUACGAGACGUUAAAUAUGGAGCUGACAAAGGAGCUCCAGAGCGAGAAGGACAAGAAGAAGGAGCUGAUUUGCCGUGUACAGACACUGGAGCAACAGGUGGCCGACAUUCAGCAGAUGUGUCACGCGCUCACCGACGAGAAGAUGAGGCUACAAGAGACCAUGAUCAAACAGAGCGAAGAGAUUGACGAGCUGAAUGAGAUGAUUGACAGUGACGAGCAGAUGCAACAGGACCUGCUGGAUGAGAUCGAGCGACUGAAAGGCAGCACUAUCACCGUGGGCUCAUUCAAUGAUCCCAAUCGAUACCUGGUCGAGCUGCCCAAGAACAUCAUCGACAUGUUGCCACCAGAUGAACUAGAGUUGUUUGAAGAAGUGUACCAGGCCAACGUGCGCAUAAUCCAAGAGGCCAAAGAGAGGUUGUAG